CAGCCAAUCGCUGAAACCGCUGGAGGCUAGGUCAUUUUACCCUCGCACCGGUUGCACUUAACAAAGUACACAGAGGCUAUCGAUUUAACGCGUUUUUUAACCAAUUCAACUGUCAAAUUUGACAAUAAUGGUGUUAAAGUGUGGAGUUUAUGGCUGCUCAAACAAAGCAGACCGAGAGGAAGGCUUACAAUACUUCAGAUUACCUGCUAUUAUUACGAAUCAAGGCUCAUUAGCUGAGAAACUGAGCACAGAGCGACGGCAUCAAUGGCUUGUAAAACUCAACCAAAACUUCGCCGAUAAGAACCUGGGAAACCUCAGAAUCUGUUCUGAACACUUCGUAACUGGUAAAAAGGCAGAGCUCCAUGACAAAGACAACCCAGACUGGGUACCAAGUCUGAAACUAGGAGGGCAGAAGGUGACUACACCAAAUCCUGGUUUCAUUUCUCCACAGCUGGGCAGGUACAACCGAAUCCAGCAGAGGACCAAAAGGAAGCUAGAUUUAGACACAGAAGAAGUCUACGACAUACAACAAUGUGAUGAUAGCACCACCACCCAAGGCACACAAACUGACAUAGACAGUAGGUACAUGGAAGGCAUGCAAAGUGAACUGACUGCCCUCAGGACUGAAAUUGAUUAUCUGAAAUCAGUUUCAGUAAGCAGCAAGAUCUCAGAGGAGGCUUUUCAGGGAAAUGAUGUGAAAGUCAACUGUUUCACAGGUCUAGCCUCCUUUGCAACACUGAUGGUUCUGUUUAACUAUCUGAAAGAGUUCAUUCCAGUGUCCGACAGCUUGACAAAAUUCCAGAUCUUGAUGAUGACCUUACUUAGGUUUAGAUUUAAUUUAUCUGUACUGUUUCUUGCGCAUGAAUUUAAUAUCUCACAACCAACAGUAUCACGCUUGUUAAACUCUAUGAUAGAUGUAAUGUAUUAUCGCUUGAAGAGAUGCAUUAACUGGCCUGAAAGAGAGACGCUUGUAAAAACUAUGCCAAUGCAAUUCCGUAAACAUUUUGGCACCAAAUGCGCCGUCAUUAUAGACUGCUUUGAGAUUUUUAUUGAAAACCCGUCAAAUGUGAAAGCCCGUGCUGAAACAUGGUCUGCAUACAAACACCACAAUACUGUGAAAUUCUUAAUUGGAAUUACACCAACAGGCAGUGUGUCUUUUCUUUCAAAAUCAUGGGGUGGCAGAGUAAGUGACAAAUACAUCACAGAACAUUGUGGCUUCUUAGAUAAAAUUCUUCCAGGCGAUUUAAUAUUAGCAGACAGAGGAUUUGAUAUAAAGGAAAGCGUUGGAUCAUUAUGUGGACAUGUGUAUACGCCUGCUUUUACUAGAGGACAGCGACAGCUAUCAGCAGCGGAUAUAGAGUCGACACGAAAACUAGCAAAUGUUAGGAUUCAUGUGGAACGCAUUAUUGGGACAGUUAGACAGAAAUACCCCAUAUUAAAUGGAACAGUCCCUAUUCGCCUAAUCAUGGGUAAAGAUGAAAAUGGAUUGACCAUGAUUGACAAAAUAGGAGUUGUUUGUUGUUCACUGAUUAAUUUGAAUAAUCCUGUUAUCUGUUCCGAUUGAAAUAAUUUAUCACCAAGAUCAAAUCAAUCAUUUGAAUUAACUUGGCCAGACUAUUAAGUUAUUUUACCUCAAGCUUGUUCAAUCAUACAUAACUGUAGCUCAAUUGAAUGAAGUAAAGGAAGAAAACAACUUGUUUAUAAACAAUUUUAAUUUGGCUAUAUUUUAAUUCACAUACUGACAAGUUACUGUGUAUCUGAGAAUUAUUUUACUGGCAUAUUUUCUGUCACACAACUCAUUUUAUAAGUAGAAACAACAAAUAAAUACACAAAUAUAUUUA